AUGGUGAUCUUGCAGCAGCCCAGUAUUUCCCACAGUGAUCCUGAUGGACUGUUUCAUGAGGGGCUUCAGAGGCCAGUGAUCACCUGGGGUCACAGUUUCACUAUCAUCUGUUCAGCUCAAUCUCAGUUUCCUGGAGGAUCUUUUCACCUGUUCAGAGGAUCAAACAUCACCAGGACUGAGUCAGCUGUCAGUCUCUCUGCCUCCUUCUUCUUUCCUGAAGCAGAUUUUUCCCACGAGGGAAACUACAGUUGUGUUUAUGAAGUCAGUGUCUCCUCACGCUCCUUCCGUUCAUCUGCCUCUGAACUGCUGCUCAUCACUAUCACAGUGAACUUGCAGCAGCCCAGUAUUUCCCUCAGUGAUCCUGAUGGAUGGUUUGAUGAGGGGCCUCAGGGGCCAGUGAUCACCAGGGGUCACAGUUUCACUAUCAUCUGUAACACUGACUCUCAGUUUCCUGGAGGAUCUUUUCACCUGUUCAGAGGAUCAAACAUCACCAGGACUGAGUCAGCUGUCAGUCACUCUGCCUCCUUCUUCUUUCCUGAAGCAGAUUAUUCACACGAGGGAAACUACAGUUGUGUUUAUGAAGUCAGUGUCUCCUCACGCUCCUUCCGUUCAUCUGCCUCUGAACUGCUGCUCAUCACUAUUAUAGAUCCAUAA